UUUACGCAUAAAAAAUUUGCUAAGGCUACUUGUUACACUUCCCCUAUUUCUUCAUCUUCUUUCUUCUCAUCCCAACGAACUUAACGGUAACUAUUUGCAGCAACCAUUCUUUAAUUUCCUUGUUCAAGCUUCGGGAAUCAAUAAUCACAACUGAUCGAUAAACAGACAGAUACAUAUGGACGUAGGACAUUACAUCCUGGACGGAAAUGCAGAUGCCGUGGAGUUCUGUCCCCACGAAUCGUGCUCCGACGUGCUAGCAGCCUCCACUUAUGUCCUUCAAGAGGGCGAUGAGCCUCGCCGGUCAGGUAGCAUUUCGCUAUUUAAUGUUAACGCUGAUGCUGGUCUGCUUGAGUUGAUUCAGACAGUCGAAACCGCCGGAAUUUUCGAUGUCAAGUGGAGCCCGAGACUCUCCUCCGAUAGCAGCUUGCCGUUGCUUGCUCAAGCGGACGCCGAUGGUUAUGUUAGGAUUUAUAGCCUUCAAUGUCGUGGUUCAGAUGGUUCGCAGAUAAAAGAGAAUUGUCUAAGCGAAGUAUGCGGGCAAAUGAUCAGCUCUUCAAUGUGCUUGUACAUCGAUUGGAAUCCGUCGGGAAAUGCCAUGGCAGUCGGGCGUUCCGAUGGAUCGGUUUCUGUAGUCUCGCUCGACGAGUCCCGCCUGAGCAUACGACACGAUUGGAAGGCGCACGACUUCGAGGUCUGGGCUGCUUCAUUCGACAUCCAGCAACCAACGCUAGUGUACACCGGCUCGGACGACUGCAAGUUCGCUUGUUGGGAUAUCCGCGACGAUCCUUCCAAGUUGGUAUUCCAAAACUCUAAAGCUCACAAAAUGGGCGUUUGCUGCGUCGCGAAAAGCCCCGGCGAUUCGAAUACACUGUUGACCGGGAGCUACGACGAGCACUUGAGGAUUUGGGAUGUUAGGUCGAUGUCAAAGCCUGUUGUCGAGUCGUCAAUUUGUUUAGGCGGAGGCAUUUGGAGGAUCAAACACCAUCCGUCUAGGACGGGACGGGCGCUCGCAGCGUGCAUGCACAAUGGCUUUGCGAUUGUGAGGUUCGAAAGCGAUAAGAUCGAAGUGGUCGAAACCUACAACAAACAUGGUUCGCUCGCAUACGGAGCUGAUUGGCAAAGAGGCACGUCGCCGAAUCUUCCGGUGAUUGCGACGUGCUCGUUUUACGAUCGACUCCUUCGUGUCUGGACUCCGAAACAGUAAGAUUCUCAUAACUUCCCAACUCUUUUAAAGACAAGGUUACUAUGAAUGUUUGUGUCCUAAAACUUGAACUUGUGCCUUAUUUAUGUCGACUUCGUCGAAUGAUGAGAUAUCUAUAGCUCUAUGUAGACAGAACUGGCUACUCAAAUAGCCUACCCAACUCACGGGACAUAAAAGAUAUAUACAGUUAGAAGUUCGAAUGAUAUGACUA